AUGGCCUUUUACAGUCGACGAAACUUUAGAGCCCAUGGUGGACACUAUAGGAUCGAACGAAUGGCUUGUUCCUUGUGCAAUCAUUAUGUAAUGGGUAGCUCAUUGUACGUGAUUAUUUUGGGCCUCAUUGGGACCGUAGUCACGGCUUUUGACAUAAUACGCACAAUAAAUUACAAGGUUCCCAGGACAUCGUCACGUCACAGGAACAACCAGGAAGUUCCUUUCACUGUCGAGAGAGACUUAAAAUUGAUGACCUCAAUCUUGGGAAUCGAGCAUUACACUUUAAUUAUGUUAGGCGCCAUCACGGAAUAUCCCAUGUUGCACACGCCAUGGUUGCUCAUGCAACUCUGUGUCAUCAUCGUGGAGAUCGUCAUCUUCUUCGUAAGAUUCUUCUUAGAUGGUUUGCAUCUCAAACGCAACGAGAUAUUGCAAGCGGUGUUUACCUUAUACAAUUGGUUACAAGUCUUCUGCCUUUUCCAUCAGCAAACAAGACGUACCAUUUAG